CUCUCCGAUGGGGGCACGCAUUCUUUUCUAGACGCCUUGACGCUCCACUACAGCACCAUGGGUCGCCUCAAGCUUUAUGUCACGGGCUCGGCCGUCAUGGCCAACGUCGUGCUCAUGCGCGCAUACUAUGAACGCCCAAACUUCUACUCGGCCGCUGUCUACAUAUCCCAGAGCACCGGCUCGUUGAUGUUCCUGGUCAAUCUCAUGCUCAUAGUCGCCGCGAGCUUUGGUUAUGGGUUACAGCGGCUCUUCUACGGGCCUCUCCGGCCCAUCGAGACGGAGCAGCUAUACGACAAGGCAUGGUUUGCCGUCAGCGAGACGCUGCUGGCUAUGACGAUUUUCAGAGACGACAUCGGCAUCUGGUUUUUCGCCAUGUUCCUCUGCUUGCUUGCGGGCAAGGUCUGGCAGUGGAUUGGAGAGGGACGAGUGGAGUUCCUCGAGCAGCAACCACCCGCGAAUCCGAAGCUCUUCCAUUUCCGCUUGACGAGCUCCCUGUUGCUCUCGGUCGCCUUUGAUAUCUACAUGAUGCAGUACUGCAUCGAAUCGAUACUCUCCGAGGCCCGGCCCGGCGUCAUGGUCAUGUUUGGUUUCGAAUACGUCCUCCUAGCCAUCGCCUCCGUAUCGACGCUGCUGCGGUACUCGCUCUCCCUCGUCGAACUAGUCAUUACACAGCGGCAGGAACGGGCGCGAGAGGAAGCUCGCAGACUGGCCAGUGAGAUAGCACGCCAGCAAGCUGCAGCUAGCGGGGCUGAAGCGCCUCCAGAGGUAGACGAAGACGAGGAUGAGGGCGACGUGCCUGGGUGGGAAGAGAAGGGCCGCUGGGUCUUCUACCUGGAUCUGGCGACCGACUUUGUCAAGUCGGUCGUCUACAUGGGCUUCUUCAUCAUUCUCAUGACCUUCUACGGCAUUCCCAUCCACAUCAUGAGAGACCUGUUCAUGUCGAUUCGCUCGCUGAUCAAGAGGAUCAACGACUUUGUUCAGUACCGCAACGCAACGCGCGACAUGAACACGCGCUAUCCAGACGCGACGGCGGAAGAGUUGGAGCGAGAGAAUACAUGCAUUGUGUGCCGUGAGGAGAUGCGGCCGUGGGUUGAGCCGGGAGCAAAUGGUGCGCAGCAGGGCCGGCGCAUGGACGAGCGACAGCGCCCCAAGAAACUUCCGUGCGGGCACAUCCUCCACUUUGGCUGUCUGCGCAGUUGGCUUGAGAGGCAGCAAGUGUGUCCAACGUGCCGCAGACCGGUCCUCACAUCAGCAACAAGUUCCACGACACAACGCAACCAGCAGGCCAAUCGGGGCCAACAGGGGCAGCCGAACCUGGCGAACCGCGAGGCGCUCCAGGCCAUGUUUGGAGGCAAUGCGCAGCAAGGCGGCUUUGGUGCAGCAGGCGGCGGUGCUGGAGGGCAAGCAGGCCAGGCGCAGCAGGCUGGACCCCAGGACGGCGGGCAAGCAAACGGUGCAGCAGCCAAUAUGCGCGUAUUCAACUUGGGCCCGAUCCGGAUUGCGCUUGGGAACAUGCGGGUGGCACCAGGGCAGCAGGACAAUGUUGCUGUGCAGAACGCAAUGCAGCAACUGCGACAACAAGCGGCAGCAAACAAUGCGGUGCAGACUCCAGUCGAGCAAAACCUGCCUCCCGGACCAUUGGCGUUUUCGCAAGGCGUGGCUCGGAGCAUGCCGCCGGGUCCAAUGCCAGGCGCUGUUGCGCUGCAUCCGGCAGACAUCCAGUCGGACAUUCUGCGCAUUCAGCAGAACAUCAUCGAGUCGAUGCGGCAACUCAACGCGCAGCACGAGCAGCUCGAGGUUCUCCACCGGCUUCUGGAAGAGCUGCACCGGCUACAGCACGCGUCUGGAGCGGCUGCGGCAACGGGACAGGAACUGCCGCCGAUCGCGCCGCUGAUGAGCGCGUCGCACAUGGGAUCGUUUGCUCCGCAGGCCUACUUUUCUCGGGGCCCUGUUCUGCGACAAGGCGAUGCAGGCGUGCCGGAGGGUCUGAGGCUGCCGGAAGGGUGGACACUGAGGUCCAUGGCCCUAGCGCCGCGGGCCGGCCAAGAAAGUGGCACUGCAGGGUCGGCAGCCUCACACGCCGAACAGCCACAGCAGGAGAGCACGGGCACGGGCACGGCAUCGCAGUCGCAGUCGCAGGCGCAGGCGGGACAGGCAGCAGAGGCAGCAGAGGCAGCAGAGGCAGCGGCAGCAGCAGCAGCAACAGCAGACCCUGCAGCGCACGCAGCGACGCCUGCAAGUGUGACUCGCUCGGCUCCACCGGCCCCAUCGGCGGUGAGGACAACAACGGGCUCCGGCCAGCCUCGAAAUUCGUCGCCCAAGGCUGCAGAGCCUAGCAGUCUUGAGUCUAGCUGGAGCUUUGGCAACGUGGGCGAGAGGACCGAGGCCGAAGCAUCCAGCUCGGCCGUGGCGGGCAGCAGCUCAGAGGGACAGAGUGCGGCGCGGCGGACCGUCCUGGUGGAGGAUGCCGACGAGGCUGAAGAGUAGCAGGCGGCCGGGGGUUGGCGAGAGGGUCGUGGUCGUGGUCGUGUCUGCGUGUGUACUGCAUAGCGAGGCGUUUGGGAGUGAGAGGACAGCACUUGCUGGCCGCAAGGCAGUGGUUGCUCCAUUGGGGGGGCCGCGGCAGGGGAUCCCUGCGAAUGACAGUUCACCUCUCUUGGCA